AUGGCGUCACCAGACUCAACAAGCGCCGCCAUGGAGGCGACUCGACUCCAAGAGCUCAACGCAGAUGUCCGUAAUCAGGACGACUUGGAGCGAGACAUCACUCGACAGGCGGACAAGUUUCUCGCCGAAAGGGCCGAGGAAAAUGAGACCAAGCGGUUGGAGAAGGCCUUGACCGAAAAAAGCAAGGUCGAUCGUCAGAUGCAGCAGGCCAAAAACCGCCUAAGCAAGAGCGUCGGACCUGGCGCACGCACUCGGGUUGAAACCGAACUGAGGCGCCUGGAAACUCGUCGUACCGGACUAGUUACGGAUAUCGCAGAGAUCCAGCAGCGGAUCGAUGACCGCCGCGAGGCGCAAGAAAAGGCCAGCGAUAUCCAUGGCUCGGGACGACUGCCGAACGAGUCUCGGCGUGAUUAUCUUCUCCGAACAGGAAAGAUCACGCCGUUUGAGCUCAUGAGCCAGCCUGGCGUAAACGGCACGCUGUCGACUCUUCAAGACGCACUGGUAGACACCGAGGAUCAGCAGCAAGAGGAGGCAGAGCGCAAAAGAGCCCACGAGGAACCCCAGGCCUCUCAUCGAAAUUUGCUUCGCCCAGAGCUCGACUUCGACGAUACCACCAGCGAUAGCCAGGAACCUCGCAGCACUAAGCGACGAAAGCUGGAAUCGUCGCCGGCCGUCAAGAAGGGGUCAGAGGUUUCGCGGCCUGCCCGACUCGACUCCACCGAGGCGGAUUCGGAGGCCAGCUACGUCGCGUCCGAGGAGAGCUCAUUGUCUGAGGAUGAAGAGUUCAUGCCAGACACUGCUCCCGAGGUCAGCGUGCGGAAAUCCAAGAAAGACAAGACGAGUGCAGAGCUGGAGGACCUGAGUGGCGUGGAUGACGGUAACGAGAAAGUCUAUCAGACACGCCUCCAGAAAUGGAUCAGUCGACGUAGUGCUGCCCGCGCCCGUGCCCAAGGAGAUCUGGCCGAGGAGGAGACCGAGGAUGACACGAGAGAGGAGUGGUUGAAGCCACACCCAUCGGAACCCGACCUAGAUCUUUCAAACGGUCUACGCGUCCCAGGUGACAUCGGCAGGUAUCUCUUUCCCUACCAACGCACUGGCGUUCAGUGGCUCUGGGAACUCCAUCAGCAGUCGGUCGGGGGAAUUAUCGGUGACGAGAUGGGACUAGGCAAGACCAUCCAGGCGAUUGCUUAUCUCGCAUCGUUGCACUACAGCAACAUGUUCACCAAGCCUGCGAUCAUUGUCUGCCCUGCAACGCUGAUGAAGCAGUGGGUCAACGAGUUCCAUCGUUGGUGGCCUCCAUUUCGCGUCUCAAUCCUCCAUUCGUCUGGCAGUGGGAUGAUGAAUCUGGGCCGUGAGAACAGUCGUGAGGUGGCACUUGCAUCGGAGAUGAUGGGUAGUCAAUACUCGCGGCAUCUUUCAGCAGGCCAAAAAGCGGCCAAAAAGAUUAUCAAGCGAGUCAACGAGGAAGGACACGUCCUUGUGACCACUUAUUCCGGGCUUCAAUCCUAUGCCGAUUCUCUCGUUGAUGUCGAAUGGGGCUGUGCUAUUUUAGAUGAAGGGCACAAGAUUCGCAAUCCCGAUGCUGGAAUCACCUUCAGUUGCAAAGAGUUGCGCACGCCUCAUCGCAUCAUUUUGUCCGGCACUCCGAUGCAGAAUAGCUUGGUCGAUCUAUGGUCCCUCUUCGACUUUGUCUUCCCUAUGCGGCUGGGUACGUUGGUGACUUUCAAGAAUCAAUUCGAGAUCCCGAUCCGGCAAGGAGGGUACGCUUCCGCCACGAAUCUUCAGGUCCAGACUGCUGCAAAGUGCGCUGCUACACUGAAAGACGCCAUUAGUCCCUACCUCCUUCAGCGGUUUAAGGCGGAUGUGACAUCUGACCUCCCAAAGAAGACUGAGCAGGUGAUCUUCUGUAAGCUCACGCAAGAGCAACGGACAGUGUACAAGCGGUUCUUGGGCUCUGAAGAGAUGAGCUCCAUCAUCAGAGGAAGGAGGAACUCGCUCUUCGGGAUUGACAUUCUCCGUAAAGUCUGUAACCAUCCAGACUUGGUAAAUCGUCAGAUCCAAAACCAAGACUCCGACUUUGGCAACAGUGAGCGCUCGGGCAAGAUGAAGGUUCUGAAGGGCCUCUUGGAGGUAUGGAAGGACACUGGGCACAAGACACUUUUAUUUGCCCAGACUCGACAGAUGCUGGACAUCAUUGAGAAGUUCCUCGGGUCGCUCGACGGCUUCAACUUUCGUCGCAUGGACGGCAAUACCCCGAUCAAAGAUCGGCAGACCAUGGUUGACGAAUUCAACAAGGACCCUGACCUUCACGUGUUUCUUCUCACCACCCGUGUCGGAGGCAUUGGAGUGAAUCUGACCGGAGCUGAUCGAGUCAUUAUCUAUGACCCGGACUGGAAUCCUUCCACUGAUAUGCAGGCACGCGAGCGAGCUUGGCGACUUGGUCAAAAGCGUGAUGUGACAAUCUUCCGUCUCAUGACCAAGGGCACCAUCGAAGAGAAGAUCUAUCACCGGCAGAUCUUCAAACAGUUCCUAACCAACAAGAUCACUCGUGAUCCCCAGCAGCGGGAGAGCUUCCAGCCGAGUGAUCUAUAUGAUCUCUUCUCUUUGACGGAGGAAAAUGACAAUGAGCUUGAAACCACGAAACUCUUCAAGAAUGCAGACGUCACAUAUAAGGAAGAAGUCCAGCCAACCCCGGGCAGCCGACGGCUUGGUGCUACAGAGAAAAAAGUCGUCACCCAGCCUGUCAAGCCUGACGAGGAAGAUAUCAGCGCUGUUCAAGGAGUCGCCAAUGUUGAGCAAUUCCGCAACGACGCAGAAGACGAGGAAUCAUCCAAAUCAGCAGAAGAUCGUAUCAUGCAUGGCAUCUUUGCUCGAUCUGGCGUUCAUGCCGCGCUUGAGCAUGAUCAUAUCGUCAAUGGCAAACGUAAUGUCCGAGCUGACCCGAAGCUGAUUGAGGAAGAAGCACGUCGCGUCGCUGCCGAAGCUGCUCGCGAACUUCGUCGCGCAGAGGAAGUUGCUCGCAACACUCCCAUCGGCCUCCCCACUUGGACGGGCUCUUUCGGCGUCGGUGGUCGCACUGACCUUGGCAAUGCUGGUGGCUCUUCGUCGAGACCGGCGGCUCGAGGCCCGUCCUCUUCGGCUCUACUCUUCAACCUCAACCCUAACGCCUCGCCAGCAAGAACUCCUACCCCAACAACAGUGCCGCCAAACCGGAUGCCUCGCGGCAAGGACUUCCUACCUCUCAUUCGGGAUUUCUUGCUCUCGCGCCGCGGCCCUGUUUUCACGCAAGUGAUUGUGGAUCAAUUCAAUCACUACUGUACCAAUCCUCAGCGAGUAGCCGAGUUUCAAGAAAUGCUGAAGACGGUGGCUCGCUUGGACCGAGAUCGUGGAGGUCGGGGUCGGUGGACAUUGAAGCCUGAAUUUGCGAAGCCCGCCGCUUGA